UACUAACCUAGGCACCAUAGAGAGGAAAAAGAUGUAGAGAGGCGCUCUGAGUGCAUUACGUUGGUUUCAUUGAAAGGAGCAGGAAGGGGUGCAUCAUCAAUGAGUCAAAAUAUUGGAGUCUCUAUUAACCCUAGGACGAAACCGGUGUCGGCUACCUAAAGCGCUCGUCUCUGAAACAGAAGGUUAAAGAAUGUCUGAUGAAGAGGACCGCGUGCUGCGGAGUCGACGUUUAGUCUCCAAACAGUGUGUGUAUUCUGAGCAGGGCGAUGUCGCAAGAAGAACUGAAGGAGACAGAGUGUUCAGGACAGUGCGUAAUGGACUUGUGGAUCUAGAGCAUGUGAUCAACAAGAAAAUGGAAAUGAGGAAAAAAGCAGAGCACCUGAAGAAUGAGCUAAUGAAGGAGGUGGAUGGCCACUUGAAUGAGUUUGUAAACAACUUGAUGGAAGAAUCUACAGUCUUGGAGAGUAUGUCUGUUGCACCAUCUUUCUACCCUGGAAAUGUAGAGAAAGAUGGCCACAAACUCAGAGGACCAAGGGCCCUUCUUGAACAUGGAAAGCUCUUUGUUUCAAGGCGUUCCCUUUUGGAUGAACUCUUUGAAGUGAAUCAUAUCCGUACCAUCUACCACAUGUUUAUUGCUCUUCUUAUACUCUUCAUCCUGAGCACUUUGGUUGUGGACUGUAUUGAUGAGGGCAGGUUGGUUUUGGAGUUUGAUCUUCUAGUGUAUGUUUUUGGGAAAUUUCCUAUAGUAAUCUCCACAUGGCUCUGCAUGUUCCUGAGCACAUUCAUCAUUCCCUAUGGACUCUUUUCUGUGUGGGCCCAGGGUUACCGGGCAUCUUCUCAUCGCACCAUCCGUUCUAUUUUCUUUGGGCUUCUCUUCAUUAUGUUUCAAAUGCUGGGCCUUGGAUUGAUGCCUACAUACUUUGUUUUGCACCAUGACUUAGCCCCUGCAUCUCGGUUUAUCAUCAUUCUGGAACAGGUCCGGCUUAUUAUGAAAGCACAUUCGUUUGUAAGGGAGAACGUUCCUCGAAUAUUUGCCUUUACAAAGGAGAAAUCUUCAAUUGUUCCUGUCCCCCAAGUUACACAAUACUUGUACUUCCUGUUUGCUCCUACACUUAUAUAUCGAGACAGUUACCCAAGGAAUCCAUCUAUUAGGUGGGGUUAUGUUGCCACCAAAUUUGCUCAGGUGCUAGGAUGUCUUUUCUACGUCUACUACAUUUUUGUUCGUAUUUGUAUCCCACUUUUUCGUAACAUAAGUCAGGAACCAUUCAGCCUUCGAGUUCUGGUUCUCAGCAUUUUUAACUCCAUCCUUCCAGGUGCCUUGGUUAUGUUACUGGCUUUCUUUGCAUUCUUGCAUUGCUGGCUCAAUGCUUUUGCUGAGAUGCUGCGCUUCGCAGACAGAAUGUUUUAUAAGGACUGGUGGAAUUCUACAUCAUUUGCCAAUUAUUACAGGACCUGGAAUGUAGUGGUUCAUGACUGGCUGUACUACUAUGCAUACCGGGACUUUCUUUGGUUUUUUGGCAGGCGCUUCAAGGCAGCAGCCAUGUUGUGUGUGUUCACGGUCUCUGCUGUGGUUCAUGAGUACGCUCUUGCCAUUAGUUUUGGAUUUUUCUACCCAGUUCUCUUCAUCCUCUUUAUGUGUUGUGGCAUGCUUUUUAAUUUCAUUCUACAUGACCGUCGGAAUGGUCCUAUUUGGAAUGUGAUCAUGUGGACAUCCCUUUUUCUGGGUCAGGGGGUCCUUCUCUGUCUGUAUUCACAAGAAUGGUAUGCGCAGCGCCAUUGUCCAAUCAACAAUCCUGCCUUCGUUGAUUUCUUGAAACCGCGUUCUUGGACAUGUCUCCAGCUUGAAGAUUAGUACUAACAUAAAGAUGCCUCUCAUGCUGCCAAUGGCCAGUCAUUUUCUUUACUCUGGCAGAAAAAAUGGCUGCCCUUCUCCACCUGGACUAUGUACUGAUGUACCUAAAAGGAAGAUGUAGCUAUUGCUUAAAGUUCUUGUUAAUUAAGCCAUGGAUUAAGCUUGCUUGGUCCUGAUUUUGCACCAGUUCCUAUGGGCCGGGCAACUAAACUAAAUGUUAAGUGAGACUUAACUCCUUCACUAUUGGCCUAUGAAUGUUUAAAAACUGUAAAUUCUCUUUUUACCAAAAUUUUAUGAAUGUAAGGGAUAAAUGGGAUGAGAGCCUCAUACAUAACCAUAGUGCACUGUGCCACUAUUAAUAGAUGAAGCAAUGCAUUUUCAAAGGACUUAAGCCUGAAUAUGUACUUGCUGCAUUAAGAAGCAAUGUGUGGGGAAAUCCUUACAUCCCUCCAUAAUCGCCAAAGAUCACAAUGUUUUUGCACAAAUCCCUUUUAUUUCAAAUGUGCACGAUAGAUAUGAAACACAUCUAGCAUAGUUGUUUUUCUGUUUACAAGUUUGAAUAAUCACAACAUUACUAUUACAGACUGCACAUUUUAAAUAAUAGACGGAUGAGAACGCACAGGGGUGCCAAUUUUUGCUCUAUUCAGAUUCUAUAAACAGAAUAUUCUGUUUCCAAGUACAGUAAUAUAUAUUAUGCAGGUUUGGGGGGAAAGGUUUAGAUCCAGGCAAACAAGAUUGUUACCUGCGUACAUUUUCUAAUAAGCAUUGUAUCAGGGUUUACUUUCUGAAUCCACAGGGUGGAACUCUGUUCCAGUAAAAUCAGUAUUGAUGACAUUUCUUUAUUCUUUCUAUAAUUGUUCAUUAUAUGAUAGAGACACUCUGACUGGAUUUUGCCAGGAGUUUUCUCCCCCCCCUCCCAAAAUAAAAAAACCUUGAAGGAUGUGAGUAGCUGGAUACUCAAUAUUGCUAAAAAUGCAGAAUGUUCAUUCUUAGUACUGGUAACUGUUUUAAAUUAUUUUUGUUUUUUUCUGUAGAACUGUAAAAGAUGCUUUUGAAAAAACAGUGAUUUAUUUUUGUUCUAAAAUUUCUAUUGGAUAAUAUUCCGUUGCACAAUGGUUGACCAAAUGAAGAAACUGAAGCCUACAAGAGGUUGACAAGUCACUUUAAAAAUAUAGGACAAAGUAUUAUUAUUGUUCAAUUAAUAUCUUGCACUGCAAUGUACAGACUACUUGGGUGACUAUAAUAAUUGAACUUUGAGCUGCUUCAAAUCACUUCACUGUCAUCAAUGAUUUUUUUAAAUAAUGUUUCAAGAGAUUAAGCAACAGCUUCCAGAUUUUUAACGCUAGCUUUUAUCAGAGCAUGUAUUUUUCCAAGGUUCCAUAUUGGUAAAUUUGCACCAGCCUGAACAACACAAGCCCUCUCUCUGGAUUUUUAUAAAGCAGUUGCAUAUAGAAAACAGCUCACUGAGAAAUUCUGUUUUUUGCCUUUGCUAAGUUUACAACGAAACUGGUGUCUGUUGGUUUCCAGUUUUUUAAAUAUAUAUAUUUUUGUAUUCCGUCCUCAAAUUGCACUCUGUUCUGGAAUAGCAGAUUAUAUAUUUAAACAUGAAAAUGUGGAGUAAUCACUGUAAACAACAUCUUGAGCCAUGUAACUGUGUGAGAUUAUUAGUUUUUAGUGAGUAUUAAACAUGGACAACAAGUAAAAUUUAAAUACCAAAUGAUUGUGGAUAUUAUGCAGAGUGCCCUGUAUCAAUCUUAUUUUGUUACUGCUGGAUCUGUGGAAAGGUGUAACAAUCUCAUUUUUUUAUUUAGUUAUUGAAAAUUGACCUUUCCAAAUAAAUGUUUCAUUUUUUGUUUCA